CCCAACCAUGUCCGAUUUAGAAGUGGAUCCUCCGCAUCAGCAGCCGCAGCAGUUGGCGAUGACUCCGAGAAGAGGACGCCAUAGCGGGCGACGAGGGGGGGGCUGCCUAUCGGCGCAUCCCUCCGCCCAGGAGGCAGCAUCUCAGGCAGCGUCGCCUUCGUCGCCAUCAUCGUCUACAACGGCUAGGGUCUGUCCACUUAUGGAGGGCGUCGAAGACAACUGGACGUGGAGCAAGCGUCACCGGUCCAAGGAGGUGGUGCUCAGUGGUCCCAACUCUCGAACCGUUCACUUCCACCCCAACUGGAGCAAGGGCACCGCCGGGGUGCAGGGCAAGCGACCGCUGAACAAUGGCCGCCACUACUGGGAGCUGCAUGUCUCCCAGCGCGUAUUCGGCACGUCCAUCAUGUUCGGGAUCGGCACCAAGUCCGCCCGUCUACACGCCAACGCCUUUCGCAACAUGCUCGGCGAGAACGAGCACGGGUGGGGGCUCUCCCAUAAGGGUGUCCUCUGGCACAAAGGUGUGGCCCUGCUCUACACGAAACGCUUUCGCGAGAACCAUCCCACCCAAAUAGGAGUGCUCUUUGACGGGAUCGAGGGCACCCUUACCUACUACAAGGACGGCAAGUGCCUGGGUGUAGCUUUCCGAGGAUUGAACCAGAUUGAUGAGCCACUGUAUCCCAUUGUCUGCUCCACGGCGGCCAAGACCGAGAUGACUUUGAAGUGCACCCGAAGGGAGUUCGUUAGCCUCCAGGAUCGGUGUCGAGCGGUGAUCAUGCGUCGUGUCCGCAGUACGUCGCGUCUGGAAAAGCUUAAAGCUGCCGCUGCCCAUCAGUGACUAUCUCAGCGAGGUCAUCGACGACAAGGAGCCGCUUCGUCAGGUAGACAACUACGAUAUAUUGUGUGAUCUUUAGAGCAUCUCGGAGCAUCCGCAACCGUUUCAGAGUUAGGGAUGCCGCAGGUUAAUCUUAAGUCUAUAUAGAGUAUGUCCUAUCCCCCAGGUGAAUCCACUGGAGAUGUGCAUACUAAGUUAUAAUUUAUAAGCGGCCCGUGAAUCCAUGUCGUUGUGCCAUCAAGCAGAGCGCAGAUGCAAUCGGAUACGAUGCGAUGCCUCUGGAAUGAGUGUAAAUUUCUCAACGUAUUUUGUAUAAAAGUGCUUUGUGGACUACAUAUAUGUAUUGUUAAGCAACUGGCAUUAUCCAUAGGGGUUAGAUAAUCCGUUCUUUAGUUGUUUCUAGGAUUUUUCUGUUUAAUUCGUUUUUUUUUGUUAAAAUUUCUAGCAAAAAUGUGGGGAAAUAGGCCAAUUCGGUGCAAUAUUUGUGAUAUAAGAACACGAAAGAAACAACUCGUACUUCGGGGCUUGAAGAGCAUACAGCUCUACGCUAAAUUAGGACAUAGAGCUAAGCAUAUUUUUCAAUACAUGAGAUGAGUGUGAAAUCUAGUCAAAAAGAACAACACGCUGCAAUGCUAAUUUUGUAAAAUUUCAGUCGGCAAGUUAGGCUUAAGUAAUCGGAAAACCAUUCUAGUCGUAAAUUGCAAAAUAACAAUGCAAUUGGAAAUUUAAAUAAAUCUACACUUAAAUGUACUAACACCCGAAAUAAUUUAGUAAAAAUGAUUUAUUACAUUAUUAUGAUUAUUGUAGAUUCUUUUUUGGUGUCUAUUUAAACUACACAUAAUGUAAUUGGUACAUGGAUAAAACAAGAACUAAGACAUGGAAAUGAAAUUAUUAAGAAGCGCUCAAAACAAAAUGUCACUUGAAUUUACAUAAAUAAACAUAAAUUUACUAACUAUGUAUAUAAA